CUCCCUCCUCAGUGUGAACUCAACAUGGUAAUUUGAGCAAACGGGGGAGGGGAGUGGAAUAAAAACCUCAGCAGUCAGUCAGAGGUGUGGGGACAGACGGAGCAGAAAAGACGCUCACACGUGGAGGAACAAACGGAGCUUCACUUUUAUUAAGGGGACAUAUUACCCGAAGUCUUAACGAGCAGUCGGCUGCUGUCUUUAAAUGGGCACAACAAUGCUCCUGGAAGAGACAAAUAGGUGACUGGAAAGAAGCGCUUUCUUGUUAUCUUCUGCCAUUGAUUAAGAAAAUAAAAGCAGCCCAGAAAGUGGGCACACAGCAGGGAGAGCAGGGUUAUGGAAAACCCCUGGAGGAGGAGGACGCAGGCGGGGAGAUGGAAGUUGCUGAGGAACUCGCUGCUGCUUUGUUUAUUCACGGGCAGCAGUGAAGCCCAGUGUGAGGGCUGUAUAGAGUAUUGCUGCGAUGGAUCGCCGCCUUUCUGCUGCUCCUACUACGCCUACGUGGGUGACGUCCUCUCGGGCACCGCUAUCUCCGGUAUCGUCUUCGGCGUGGUGUUUCUGAUGGGGGCGGUGGCAGCCUUGUUCCUGUGCGUGUGUAUGUGCAUGAAGAACGGGCGGGGCGCGCGGGUCGGCGUGUUCAGCACCUCCUACAUCAACACUGUGACGCAGGGUUACCCAGGUCCUCCACCUCCGUACACCUACGACUACGAGAUGUACCCUCCCUCGCUGCACCCCCCGCCUUACACUCCAACUCAGCCUCGGUCGGCCAACUACUCCCCUCCUCCUCCGUACCCCGGCUGCACCCGCAAGUGAAAUGCCCUGAAUAGAUCAUCUACCUGCCAGCUCAAAAGAAACUGUCAUGGCCUAUGUUUCCGGACCUGGAUGGUUGUACAUCUUUGGCCUCGAACAGGGUUAAUCACAAUUUAAGGAUCCCGCAUACAUUUCCACAUUUAAAAAAAGGGUGGCCCAGUGCAACAUUGUUCAGCAGGCCAGAACUCCCAGCUACGAGUUGUCACUGCAUUUCUGCUGGAGUCUUGAAAUUAAUAAUAGUUGAACACAAUGUUGGUCAGAACGGCCCACAUUCUGAUAGACUUAACUGUUAGCAGCCGUGCUAGCCUGCAGCCUCCCCGCUAAUAACCAAAAUUCUUAUCCGUCCCCGGCUGUGCACAUCAAAGGCACCUCGCCACUUUGAUGAAGGUGAAGACCACUUUUGUCAGGAUGGAGGGGAACCUCACAUCUCACAUUUCACAUCUUACAUUUUUUUUUUAAAGGUAAUACAAAUGAAGCUUUAUUAUGUUUCUUAAACUCUUUAAGACAGAAAGUAUUUCCAGGACACAGUGUAGACUCUGCUUUUAUGAAAAGUUACCUAUUUUUAAUAAAACUUGAUUAAUGUCAGCGAGUGAGGUGGAUUAAUGCCAUGUGUAGACAUAAAGACUUGAACAUAAUGCAUAAUACUGACUUUAAUGGCUACUUGAGAGGACUGAGUCAUUGGUAAUGGACUGUAUUUUAUUGCCUUACUUGAAACAUUGUGAGGGUGAAAACUGAAAUGGGGGGGAAAACAUUUUUUUGUUGAAAAUAAUUCACCCAGUUCAGUUUUCAAAAUUGUGGAAAAUAAGAAAAUUCUUGAAAAUUGUGAAGCAUUCAUACUUUUUGAAUUGCAGUUGUAGGCUAAUUAUAGUUUGUAAUUGAGAGUGGAUUGGCCUCACUGCUAUGACUGAUACAUGUGAUGGAUGACUGUGAAUGACGGAAGGGAUUUAACUGUAAUAUUAAUGAGUCAGGUAAAUUAAUUUGUGUUUCUUUACUGUUUCAGUGCCUGUGUUGUAAAUUAAAGAUGUGAUUAAAACGUUUUUAAUGUAUAAAAAA